UGCAAGCUAAACAACAGGUUAACAUCUAAUGCAGCUGCGGCAUUUUUUCUCGACUAAAGCCUGCGUAAGUCUGGUGUCUGCUGUUCGUGUCAAUAGUCACAACGUAGAAGCGUGUUAUUAGUUUAUGCUGUUGAGCACCAAUCAUUAGCGCUUGAACCACCACCGCAUCCUUCGCGAGUCGCGUGUGUGCAGUGUGUGCACAUUUGGCGCCGAUUGAGGUUUGAGCAGCUUCGAGGCCGAGUUGCAGUCGCUUUUUCGCUUUGCCAGUGCCAGCAAUUGCGUUCGGGGUGAAUAUUUUCUGAUUGACCGCAGAACUUGCUAAUCCGGCACCUAAACAAGAAAAUGAAGUACAUCCUUGUGACUGGCGGCGUGAUAAGCGGUGUGGGCAAAGGGGUCAUCACCAGCUCCUUUGGCACGAUUCUCAAAAACUGCGGCAUUCACGUAACGUCCAUCAAGAUCGAUCCCUACAUCAACAUCGACGCAGGCACCUUUUCACCUUACGAACACGGCGAGGUGUACGUCCUGGACGAUGGAGGAGAAGUAGAUCUCGACCUGGGAAAUUACGAGCGUUUCCUCGACAUAACGCUCCACAGGGACAACAACAUCACGACUGGGAAGAUCUACCAAAGUGUUAUUAAUAAAGAGCGGAAGGGUGACUACCUGGGGAAAACAGUUCAAGUCGUGCCUCACAUCACGGAUGCAAUUCAGGAAUGGGUGGAACGAGUUGCAAAACACUCUGUCUGCGAAACCAACAAAGAGCCCGAGGUUUGUCUCAUCGAAUUGGGUGGAACCAUCGGAGACAUUGAGGGCAUGCCCUUUGUAGAGGCGUUCCGCCAAUUCCAGUUUAGAGUGAAACGCAACAACUUCUGCUGCGUGCACGUGUCCCUGGUGCCGCAGCCGCGUUCGACCGGAGAGAGCAAGACGAAGCCCACUCAAUCCAGCGUGAGAGAGCUUCGAGGCCUUGGCCUCUCGCCUGACCUGAUUGUGUGCCGCAGCGAAAUGCCAAUCGGCCAGUCAGUCAAGGAGAAAAUCUCAAACUUCUGCCAUGUUCCUGCAGAACAGGUUAUCUGCAUCCAUGACUGUCCAUCUAUAUAUCACGUGCCGAUUUUGAUAGAAAAUCAGGGUAUUGUGGAGUUCUUCAACGAAAGACUGGAUCUCAAUAUUGAAAUGCCUCGGCCGCGGAAAUUCAUGCAGAAGUGGAGGGAUUUAGCUGAAAGAAAUGACAACCUGCAAAAGGAAGUCCACAUUGCCCUGGUCGGCAAAUACACAAAAUUGGAAGACUCCUACGCGUCUGUAACUAAAGCACUUCAACAUUCGGCCAUAGCGGCAGGAUACAGGCUCAAAUUAAAGUAUAUCGAAGCUGCAAAUCUAGAAGAAGAAACAAAGUUCAAAGACCCUGUUUUGUAUCACGAAGCUUGGCAACAGUUGUGCAAGAGCAAUGGUGUUAUUGUGCCAGGCGGCUUUGGCAAGCGCGGAAUUGAAGGGAAAAUCCAAGCGUGUCUGUGGUGCCGACACACGCAAAAGCCUUUCCUCGGCAUUUGCCUUGGUCUGCAGGUGGCCACAAUCGAGUUCACGCGAAAUGUCCUCAACUGGGAGGGCGCGAACUCGACCGAAAUUGACCCUGAAACCCCAUACCCUGUGGUGAUCGACAUGCCGGAGCACAAUCCGGGGCAAAUGGGUGGAACCAUGCGGCUGGGAAGGCGCCAAACCAACUUUUGCACGGAAAAAUCUGUGUUGAGACAACUCUAUGGCAAUGUGGAUUCUAUAGACGAGAGACAUCGCCAUAGAUAUGAAGUGAACCCAAAGUAUAUUGAAGAAAUUGAAAAGGCUGGAAUGAAGUUUGUCGGAAGGGAUAUCGAUGGCGAGCGUAUGGAAAUCCUGGAGUUGGAAGGUCAUCCGUACUACGUGGCGACCCAGUUCCAUCCUGAGUAUUUGUCUCGGCCAUUGAAGCCCUCACCGCCAUUCCUUGGAUUCAUUUUGGCCAGUGUCGGUAAACUGAAUCACUUCGUAGCAAAGGGAUGUCGGUUUACUCCCAAAGAACUCUCGUCAGACGACAGUCUCUCAGAUGACGAGAUGAAUGUUACUUCAUCGUUCCAAAAAGUGACCCUCGCGAACGGAGACGUUUGUCAAUGAUUUUUUCCAAGAAGACGGGAAUUCAAAUUUCAUGCGGCCUAUUGGCUUAAUUUUAUGUCCAUAUUCAUGCGUAUAGUAUUGGUUUAAAAGUAUAAACUCUGUUCACAACUUUUAAGCUAAACAAUUUUAUUUUAUUGAGAAGAAGUAAUGAAUGUCUAUUGUAUUCUUGAACGUUGGGAAAAAUAAAGUUAUUCAUCUGAGA